CAUUAUAUAUAGGGAUGUUGUAUAUUAUAAUUAUUUAUUUAAGCUAGAAGAGAUAUAUCUCAUUUAACAUAAAAUUCGAUAUGAACAAUUUCUUUACUUAUAUUCAUAAUUGUGAACAUAUAAUAAUAUAUAUAUUUAUUAAAUUAUUAUUUAAAAAAAUUAUUCCACUUUUAAUGUUUAAUUAUACGCACAUGAUAUAUAUUAGAAAAAUAUUAUAUAAAUUUUUAAGGAGCUGACGUGGCGUUGAUCAAAUGGUCCGUGAUCAAUGGGAAAGCCCAAAUUCUAGAACGGGGCCCACUUUCCGUUGUCUAUAUAGAUAUAUAUAUAUAUGUAUGUGUGUGUGUAUAUAUAUAUCUCUCUGUACAACUGCUCUUCAGUAAGUCCUCACACCACAUCGCCACCGCCUCAUCCUUUUCCAUGGAGAAUGCCGAGGUCUCUGCACAAUCCGAGCCAUCAUCUACAACAGAAAUUGAAGGAAUCUGCAACGAAGAUAGGAAUAACACGGCGAGGAUUAAGAGGAAGAGGAGGAAGACAUCGAGCGCGGCGUGCGAAUGCGAUGGCGGCGUCGGAGAAGGCUUGGCAGAGGAGAAAUUCGACGUGAAGAGAAGGAUCGUCGCGCUGCAGAAGAUAGUGCCUGGCAGCGAAGGAUUGCCGAUGGAUAAGCUGUUUGAGGAGACCGCUGAGUAUAUUGCGUCGUUGAAACGCCGAGUGCAAGUUUUGAGAUUCCUCUGCGCCAUAGCGGAUGGAGAGCAGAGGAAAUCUGGCGGUUGAGUGCAUCUCCGCUGAGUUCUUCAGUAAAUUAAAAACAAAAAUAAGGAUUAGGAGGUUCGUAAUUUCAGUUCGGCUAGUCACAUUGCUUAUGCAAUAUGCAGUAGUGCUCGACUGUUAUUAUGGAGUGCUGUAUAUAACUUGUUAAAUUCUGAUAACAGUGGAUUUGGAUCUGUAAAUUUUCCUUA